AUGGAAGACGUGCCGUGCCAGAUUCUACAGAGAGGAAAAGAAAGGACGAAACCCUCUAAAGGCUGUUCUGAUUCCUGGUUCCGUUCCGUCGGAAUAUUGACGAAAUCUGCAGUUGUGGCUACUGGUAGGCGGGUGGUGUUACCAUCUUCAGAUAGUAAUUUUUCCGACUGGGCUGUGGCUUCUUCUUCUGCUACUCAUUCUUCUGCUGCUGCAGCCUUUGGGGACCUAUCUUUAGGUUUUAAUGCAGCCCCAAACUCCGCCGUGGACGGCGGCGCCGCCUCCGCUGCGGCAGGCCAUGUUGGGGUGUGGAGCUCCUCUUCCGCUAGGCAGAUGCAGCAGCAGAUCAACCAUGGAGUUCCGCCGGAUAUGGGCAUGUUCGUGGUGGCGCCGGCGGCCUCUUUUCUCCACCACCAUAACCAGAACCACCCCGCCUGCAUCAGCUUUGACGGAUCCAGCCCCGCCGCCACCGCGCUCGGGGUUGGAGUGGGUGUCAAUGUUAUUCCUUUGCUCGCCGACGAUUUGGUGGUGAAUAGCAGCCACCGUGGUCGCGGCGGCGGAGGAUUGCAGCUGUGGCAGAGCCAAGAUGCGGCGGCGGCGGCGGUGGCGGCUGCGGCUGGGCAGAACUCUUCCAGUACUAGCGCGGCGGCGGAUAUUAGUUAUACCAAGAAGCCGGGCGAGCACCCCCACGGCAGCCCUAGUAGUAAUUCCCAGAGUUUUUUUCAGCUUCAAGGCGGUGGUGGUGGCGCCGGCGGCGCCACCGCCUCGACUUGUCAAGACUGCGGAAACCAAGCAAAAAAGGACUGCGUCCAUCGGAGGUGCCGGACUUGUUGCAAGAGUCGAGGGUUAGACUGUACGACCCACGUGAAAAGCACGUGGGUUCCCGCGGCCCGCCGCCGCGAACGCCAGCAAGGCUCUCACCCCUCCAGCCCCGCCGCCGUGACGGCGUCUUGUUCGCAGUCAGUUUCCUCCGGCAGCAAGAAACCCAGGCUAGUCCUGGGCAAUAAUUCCCAAACAUCGACUUCAAACAACACGGCCACCACGCCGAGAAGCUUCGACACCGGCGACAGCGGCGGCGGCGGCGGGUCGAUGCCGAAGCAGGUAACCGCCCCGGCGGAGUUCAGGUGCGUGCGCGUGAGCCCGGUGGACGGCGGCGAAGACGACGAGUUCGCUUACCAGGCCGUAGUGAGAAUCGGCGGCCACGUCUUCAAAGGCUUCCUAUACGACCAAGGCCUCGAUAACGACGGCGACGAUCACGCCGGAAACAAUCCCCAUCACCCCGGAUUAUUCCCCAACAUAUCCGACUUAAACUUGGGCGCCCGUGGAGCCAGUAACAACGUUAUUCUCGGUUCCGGACAUGGUACAACCUCGUCUCCGCCGCCGCCGCCGCCAAUUCUUGCAGCUUCAUCGUCAGAACCUCACGACAUUUUCGGAAUGGGAGGGGGUUCAAAUUUUGGUAUUGGAAACCCUUUCUAGUUUCUAGUAGAUUGAAAUUGAUAAAAUCGUACUCAUUUAUAAAGUCUGUAUCUUCUGAUGCUUAAGAACAUACUGUACUUCCCUGCCAAAUUUCGUAGACAUUGUUGUACUUGUUUCUGGUUAUUAUUUAAGAUUUAAGAAAGUUUAACUUUGAUCUUAAUUGUGAGUGAUAAAGUGAUGAACUUUUUGGGAAUUA